GUAUGUAACAGCAGUACGCAUGCGAACAGCUCUCGGCCCUGGCCUGUGUCGAGGACUGUCAACUCCCUGUUCUCCGCUUAUCUCGGCGUUGGUGAAUGCAAGCACUGGUGUUCGCACUACACUCCCCACUGUGCGUUGUGUCAUUGCCGGGUUGCCAAGUAAGCAAAGCGAAGCACAACAGAACUGACGUGGUCAGUGUGUCUCAGGUUUCAGCCACUCUUGUCCUAGGCUCUCUCCAGACACCUGCUGAUGCUGCAGCAAAAUGCCACAAGACUACGCAACGCUGAAGGCCAGACUGGACGCACACGGUCAGGGCCACCUCCUUCACUUUUGGGACAGACUGACCGACUCGGAGAGGAACAGCCUGAUUGCUGACAUCUCCGAGAUCGACGUGCAGCAAAACCUCGACUUCUUUAGGCAGGCCAUGGAGGCUGAGUCGCAGGGCGACAACAAAUCCCUGGAGUCCAGGAUGGAGCCUGUGCCCGAGGACAUCUGUGGCUUCGCGUCCGAAUCCAGUCCCGAAGAAUUGGAGCAGCUUGAGAACAGUGGACUGGAACUUAUCGCCGAUGGAAAAGUCGCCACCUUGCUGCUGGCAGGAGGACAGGGGACUCGCCUUGGGGUAGUUUACCCCAAAGGCAUGUAUGAUAUCGGUCUUCCCUCCCACAAAUCGCUCUAUCAACUGCAGGCUGAAAGGAUUCUGCGCCUCCAAAACCUCGCGGAGGAGCUCACCGGCAAAAAGUCUUCUCUUCCUUGGUACAUUAUGACCAGUGAGCACACAAGAGAGCCCACGAUUCAGUUCCUCUCUGACAGGAAUUAUUUCGGACUUGACCCGAAGCAGGUGUUUGUGUUUGAACAAGCAAUGAUGGUGUGCUUUGCACCUGACGGAAAAAUUUUACUGGAGACGCCCAGCAGGAUCGCCAGAGCGCCGGACGGUAACGGAGGCCUCUUCAGGGCGCUCAGAGACAAUGGAGUAUUGGACGACAUGGAGAAACGCGGCCUUGUUUAUGUUCAUGUUUAUGGAGUGGAUAAUGUCCUUGUGCGACCUGCAGACCCAAUUUUUGUUGGUUAUUGCAACAAAAAAGGAGCGGAAUGUGGAGCAAAGGUCGUUAAUAAAACACAGCCCAAGGAGGCUGUUGGCGUUAUUUGCCUGGUUGAUGGUCAUUACAAUGUUGUUGAGUACAGUGAGCUGACAACGGAAAAGGCCGAAAAGCGAAAUCCUGACGGCCGGCUAACCUACUGCCUGGGGAGCAUCUGUAACCACAUUUUUUCUGUUCCUUUCCUGCAAAGAAUAUGCGCAACCAAAAACGAUGGACUGAAAUUCCACAUUGCACGCAAGUGCAUUCCAGUGGCAAACCCUGAAACCGGAGAGUCAAAGGCUCCUAACAAGCCAAAUGGAAUUAAGAUUGAAAAAUUUGUGUUUGACGCUUUUCCUCUGGCCAAAACAUUUGCUUGCUGGGAAGUGCCUCGAGAAGAUGAAUUCAGUCCAUUGAAAAACAGGCCUGGUGAAAAAAGCGACACUCCAAAGACCGCUCGGCAAGCUCUUCUUUCAUUCCAUCGGCGAUUAGUCAUGGCGAACGGCGGCAGCUUUGUUGACGAAACAGGCCUUUCUGUUGAUUCCGAUAAUUUGGUUGUUGAAAUAUCUCCACUCGUUUCCUACAGGGGAGAGGGGCUAGGAUCCCUUGUUGCAGGACAAAGACUGCAAACUCCGCUGCUCCUAAAUUCCAGCAUUGACCAUGCUAAAAAGCUCGCUGACAAUGAUCUCUUCUUUCCCUCUAAAGAAACAGUGCAUUGAUUUUAAAGCUAGUGUGAAACAAUUAUUAUUAUAUUAUAUUUUGCAGGGUACUGUCAAGUGUACAUUGCCAAAAGGCGAUUUUUCUUCUGCAUUUAAAACUUGUGGGACAUAGCAUUGUGAGCCCUGUUGGGAGUGGUCAAAGUUUAUUUCUGAGAAAUUGUGAUAGCCUUUUCCCAGUUUAUCCACGCCAGUUAACAUUUUUAUAACAUUUUGUAAGAAGAGGCUGCAGUCAAAGUUCCCAUUAGACAAAGGGUUGGGAGCUUGAAUUACAUCACCAUUAUGAUAACUCUGUGUGAGGAAAUUUUUAGUCAUCAGUUUCUAUAAGAUUCACUUGUCAUAUAGUCUUAGAUAUUUUUGUUGAAAACACAUUGGUGGCUUCUCUUUGAACAAUUAAAAUUUUAAAAAAGCAA